UGCCGCCCGACGGAAGCCGAAAAGGACACGCGCCGGCAUGUGGCCCCGAAUGUUAGUAGGGGAGGUCUGGGAGGCGGCAGGCAAGUGCUCGGUGCUGGGGCCUCGCCUCGCCGCUCGCGUCGCGCCGCAGCGGACACUCAGGAGCGGCCUGACCCUGCGGCGGAGCCUGCACGCGACGGCGGUCCGGGCCCUCCCGCUCAUUCCCAUCGUGGUAGAGCAGACGGGUCGCGGCGAACGCGCCUAUGACAUCUAUUCGCGGCUGCUGCGGGAGCGCAUCGUGUGCGUCAUGGGCCCGAUUGAUGACACCGUUGCCAGCCUGGUCAUCGCACAACUGCUGUUCCUGCAGUCUGAGAGCAACAAGAAACCCAUCCACAUGUACAUCAACAGCCCUGGUGGUGUGGUGACUGCCGGCCUGGCCAUCUAUGACACAAUGCAGUACAUCCUGAACCCCAUCUGCACGUGGUGUGUGGGUCAGGCCGCCAGCAUGGGGUCCUUGCUUCUCGCCGCCGGCAGCCCUGGCAUGCGCCACUCACUCCCCAACUCCCGAAUCAUGAUUCACCAGCCCUCUGGGGGCGCCCGGGGCCAAGCCACAGACAUCGCCAUCCAGGCAGAGGAGAUCAUGAAGCUGAAAAAGCAGCUGUACAACAUCUACGCCAAGCACACCAAGCAGAGCCUGCAGGUGAUCGAGUCAGCCAUGGAGAGGGACCGCUACAUGAGCCCCAUGGAGGCCCAGGAGUUUGGCAUCCUGGACAAGGUCCUGGUCCACCCGCCCCAGGAUGGCGAGGAUGAGCCGGAGCUGGUACAGAAGGAACCCACGGUGGCACCAGCAGACCCUCCUGCCCCGACCAGUACCUGAGAGCCAGACACCUCUCCGGGCACAGGCGCCAUGCUGCUGAUCCUGCAGGGGCCCUCAAGGAACUGUGGAUGUGGGGUGCCCUGACGGGCGGGCAGCCUGGCUGAGACACUGAUUUAAAUUAAAUCUUUGCAGUGUUGUGCACCCGA